GUAUCACACCAGAGGAGUUCAUAUCCCAGUCCCCUGAAAAACAAAGUAAAUACUACCAGAUGAAGAAGCUGCUUUCAGAAAUUCUCUCAGUUCAACUGGAAAAUGUUCACAUUUUCAGUGUACUGAAUAGCCCAAGUCCAAUCCAAGGGGUUGAUGUUUGGUUUGCAGUUUAUGGUCCACCUUACUAUAAAGCAGAAAAACUUAAUGGCAAUGUAGCAGCUUCCAGAGCCUGGCUGGAAAGCAUUCUGGACAUAAAUAUCACCCAGACUGGCAUUGAUGAAUGUGUGACUGCAGACUGCACUCAUAGCAGUGGAUGCAUCAGUAAGCAUGAACAAAACCAUGUACCAACCAUAACCACAGCUGGAAGCAUUUCACUGGUGUCUGUGACAGUCCUGAGUCGUGCUGUGUGUGGCUGUGCUGCUCGGGAGAAUCCUCAUCUUUCCUGCUCCUCAUACCAGACAAACCCCUGUCUCAAUGGUGGCACAUGUGUGGAUACUGUUUUGGGCUACAGAUGCAAAUGUGCUGCAAAUUUUCAUGGACCAGACUGCCAGCAGACAAAACACAGCUUCACAGGCCACGGUUAUGCCUGGUUCCCUCCUCUUCAGCCUUGCUUUGAGAGCCGCAUCUCCCUAGAGUUUAUCACUGAAGUUGUUGAUGGCCUUCUGUUGUACCAUGGACCAGCAACACAAGGGCAGCCUGGAGAACGGGAAAAUUUCCUUGCUUUAGAACUCUCUGGUGGUGUCCCAUCGUUGACUGUGAGCCACAGCUCUGGUGAGCUUUUCCUGAAGCUGUCACAAAAAGUUAAUGUUGCAGAUCGCCGCUGGCACAAUAUUAAAAUUAUAAAUGAUGGAAAGGCAAGUGUAAAUAUGGGCAGUCCUGUAUAA